UAACCUGGAGCAACCACUAAUCAGUUGUUAAGCCAAGUCCGGUUGUUUUGUAUUAGUAGUUAGCUGUUCUGCUAAAACGACAUAAAAAAUGUAUUAUUUGCCAUAAAAUGAUAACUUCAUAUUUAACUAAUAGACCGAAAUGACCAGCAAUGUUUUUUAGUGUCUUAUUUAUUUGAAAUGUUCACAUUAUGUUUGAACAACAUAGAUCAAGUAUUAAUGUUUUUGAUAGUGUCAAUAUUUUAAAAACAUUAAUUGACCUCUGUAUAUAAAUGACAUUCUAUGUUCAUUAUGUGAACUUAUCAAAACUUGUCUGAAGUUUUAUUCAAUUUUAUGAGAAAUGGCACAUAGUAGUAGUACAACUUCAAGAAGACAAGAUGGUUCUAUUCCCUCUCGGGGUUAUGUGGAAUCAGACUGGGAGGCCAAAGAAGCCCUUCGGCAAAGAGAGCUGGAAGAAGCACGGGCUCGGGCUGCUCAAAUGGAGAAAACUAUGAGAUGGUGGUCUGAUUGUACAGCUAAUUGGAGAGAGAAGUGGAGCAAAGUUAGAAAUGAAAGAAACAAAGCUCGAGAUGAGGCUAAACUUUUAAGAUCGAAACUUGAUUCUGCUUUAAAAGAUGCAGCAACUUAUAAACGCGAAAAGCAAGAACUAGAAUCCCAUAAUGAACAAAUGCGAAAAGAGCUGGAGAGGAUUCAUUUAUUGCUUUUAAAACAUGCUGGCCAAUGGGAUAAUCAGCUUUUGGAAGCUCUUGACACUACAGAAUCUGAUACACCCAGAGAAACUGAAACAGAUGAUAGAGAAGCAGAAAAAGAUUCUGCUGUUGAAACAGGCAGUGGUGAAGAUGUGAGAUUAGAAAUUAGUAGUUCUGAAACUAGCUGUCAAGAUACAGAAACAUUAUAUCAAAAACUUUCCAUGCUUCAACUGAGGUUAGAUGAAGCCACCAAAACACUGCAAGCUGAAAGAGAGGAAAAAAGUCAAUUAGAUAGAAGGGCUGAAAAGGCAGAAGCAGAAGUAGUCGAAUGGCGAGAGCGAUGUGAAGAACUUCGAGCCUCAAGGCAAGAUGCAGUCCGAGAAUUACUUGACAUGCAGGAUCAAUACAAAGAUGCAGUGGCUUUAAUACAAGCUGAUCUUCUUGAUGAAGCUACUUCCAGAGAAGGAAUGGAUCGUAGACUUGCAGAACUGCGAGCCCAGCUUGAAAGGCUUCAGGCUGAAAAUGCUGCUGAAUGGGGUAAAAGGGAAAGAUUAGAAACUGAAAAACUUACCCUUGAACGUGAAAACAAACGUCUCAGAGCAGAAGUAAGAGAUAUGCAAGAACGGCUAGAGCGUCGAAGUCGACCACAAACUGCUGCUGAUACUGAUUUGAGACAUCUCCAGCAAGAACUGAAUGACAAAUCCAAAGAAUUGUCUGACUUGAAACAUAGCCAAAAUAAACUGAAGAAGACCCUAGCUGAUAAAACAACAGAAUUAGCCCAUACAACACGCCGAGCAGAACAAUAUGAAAAUGAGGUUAAACGACUUAGAGGGAGGGUAGAAGAAUUAAAAAGAGAGUUAGCUGUGGCUGAAGAUGAAGUGGAUUCCGCUACCAAUAAUAUAAGAAAACUCCAGAGAACUAAUGAUGAACUUCAAGAACAAGUUGAAGGCCUUCAGGUGCAAUUACAGCAUUUACAAACAAGAAUGAGAAGUUCAGUUGGUUCUCACCGAAGUCCUAGUAUUCAGGAAGAUGAUCAGAGUGAUGAAGAUACAUACUGAUAAGUAGUAUUUAUUUUCAAACGUUAUACCAAAGAUUUUAUAUAUUUGUUAAAAUUGUAUUUUAUUUGAUUGUAAUUUUAUUAUUGCAAAGAUAUUUGCUCAAACUUUUAUCUUAAAUUACACUAUGUGUCGUUAUUUUAAUCAGGAUAAAAACAUUUAUAGAACCAUGAACUAUUCCUAUGUUUAGGAAUAGUUUAAGUACUAUGUUUUUUUUUCUUUUAUUAAUGUAUUUCCAUGUUUCAGGUUCUGUUUCUUCUUAAUAUUUGUAUUAUAAAAAGGUGCACAUACUAUAGUUAUGAAACUAACAAAACCCUUAAAAAGCUAAAGCUUUGUUUUUAAAUAAAAUAAAAAUUAAGUUUUAUAAUUUAUUGAACUAAAAGCCUUCACUAAAAUAAUUAAUGUAGUCUCUGUUUCAUUUGAAAAAACAUUUUCAUGAAGUUUUUUAUGUUUUUAAAUUCCUAAUGAUUUCACAUUAAAAUAAUUUAAUCUUUUAUAAAUUUCAAAGCCUGCACAAAAUAUAUUAAUAUUAUUUUGUACCCUAACUGGUCCACUGUUUAACUCAUUAAUAAUUAUCAUGUAAUUAAAAUUAUUUUCAUUUAUAUCAAGACAUUUCUAUUCCAUAAUAGGGAGUCUCAUAAAUGAUGGAAUAUAUUUAAAGAAAUAAUAAGCAACCAACAACAAAAAUAUCAAUAUGUACGAUGUCCGUUUUCAUACAAAAAAAGCAGGAAAUUUAAGUUUGUGGUUUUUAUCAAAGUAAAUAAUUUUUUUGCUAAAUGAGAAGUGAUAAUUAAAACAAUUAUUAAGUUGUGUAUUUACCAAUUGCAGAGCAUCAUAAACUAGACAAAAUUUUCUUCUUUUUUUAAAAAAAGUAAAACAUUUUCUUUAUUCGUUCUUAAAAUUUUGGAUUAUUUCUGAUUUUAUUUCCUCAUAUUAGACUAUUAGAAUCCCUACUUUAAAAAAAAAAAAAAAAAAACCUUGUAUGGAUAAUUUGCUUAGGCAUAUUUAUAAAUUAAAAAGAUAUAAAAUUAUAUUUUAAUGUGAAUUUCCUGACAUAUUGUCUGCAUUACCGUUGUAUAGUACCAUGUCACAGCACUCAUAAUUAUUGUGCACGGUAGCUAACUGGAUCCUUAGAAUCUGUCUAGACAAGAAUUUACUAAUUCUAAUAAUGUAAGAAUCAACUCCUAUAAUUGAAAUCUGUGUAAAGUGACUAUAAUUUGAAAACAUUUAUUUAAAAAAACAAUAACUAAGGCAGCACUUUAGAUCAAUGUAUCAGUAAUAGACACUUUAAGAAAAGUUUUUAACAUUAAUGUGAACUAAAGUUUUAGUUCUGAUGGUAGAUCUUUCCAAAUGGAUUUAAUUGAAAGCAAAUUUAGUCUUUUAUCGAAAUACGUGUGCUAUAUAAGACAGUGUGUAUCAGUUUUCAUAAAGAAAUUGGAAAAUUCUGACAUGAUUUUGAACCAGUGAUAGACACUUAGAAUUUUCAAAGAUCCAUUAAUAGACACUCUUUUGUACCAGUUAUAGAUAGGUUAUUUUCUAUAGGAAAAAAUUAUAACAAUAAACAAAAAAUAAAAUUAUAAUAUUUAAAAAAUAUAUAUCUUUUUAAUAACAGGCAAAUGCAUUAAUAGGAUAAUAAAUUAUAAAUUUGUCUACACAUUUUCAAGGGGUUUAUUAACCUCAAAAUGGUCAUUUUUGUAAAUAAACGCAUCGACGUUAAUAGGAAUGCAAAAAGAAUGCAUUAAACCAUUUCCAGCCAGUACAGUCAUUUGCGAACAAACUAUCUCUUUUUAAUUCUUUGAUAAGUUAUAAACUAUCUAAAACGUUUCCUUUGAUUGGGGAAUCCAGUAUUUCCAACUGAAAUAAUCCAAUCUAAUAAAAUUCAAUCUUCAUUACCACUCAAUGUUGAAGAAUGUUUCUUUUUCGGUUUAUUGGUGAUUUUUCCUUAGCUUUUUACAUUAAAGUUAAUCGUGGCAUGCCAUGUUUUUUAGCUAAAAUGACGAUUGGUAUGCCAUGAUGGACAUCACAAAUCGCAUGUAGCAUAUUUUCUUCUGGAUAUUUCCAUAUUUUUUGUGAUUGCGUGGUGCUUACCUGUAAGCAUUAACAUAAAAUGAAUUACAUUAAUUUAACCAAAGCAUUACAAUUACAGAAGGAUUUAUCCGUGAAUCAGACAGCCUGGGAUGUCAAAAAUUAUUAUUAUUGCUAGUUUCUGUGAUCAGAAUUAUAUAAAACUUCCAGGCAUACUAUUUUUUAAUAUCUACUAACCAAUCAGUGAACUAGUUAAAAACGAAAUUAAAAUACUGAAAUGAUCCAGUUUUAGACAUGGGUCUCUACCUCUAUUAAUCUUACUACCUCUGUUGGUUAAAUCCGGUAAUGGACACCCAAGUUUAGCGGAUAAUAGGUUAUUUUACAAAAUUUAAAACAAUGAAAACAAAUUCUGUACUGCUUUUAAAUGAAGAAAUGGAAAAGUAUCGCCUAAUAAAUAGAAGUUAUCCCAAAUUAUCCAUACAAUUUUGAACUUACCUCCUCAAAAAUGAUAAGGCAGUCUCUGUAUGACAAACACCUAGUCUUGUUUUAUUAAGAAAUUAACUGCCAAGCGGCCAUUAGAGCAUGAAUUAAUCUCUAGUUCAGAAAUCACCUUUCUGAAUGUGCCAGCUAAAAACUUAGUUGAACUUAAAAUCUCUAAAGGGCGUAAAAAUGUUCAUUAAUAUCAUUAUGUUCAUUGUUCAUUAUGAAUUCAAAAGUAUCUAUUACUGGUUCAUUUGCCUGACUGGUACUUUAUGAAAGGUCAAUUUUUUUAAUAAAUAAAAUGAAAGAUACUUUAGAGAAAAUUUUUUUGAAAAUUCGGCACUUAUGGCCAAUAAUAAAUAAGCAUUUAUCGUCAAACCAUUUCAUUGGGGGUAAUAUCUGUCUGAUAUUGAAGACCACAUGAUUUUACAUUGAUGUAACGAGUUUGACCACAAUCAUUGCCGUGGUUUUGGGGACAAUUGUGAAAAUCUGGUGAUACAAAGUUUCACAUCUAGUUAGUCGAUUUUUGGGUUAAAAGUUGCUAUAACUUCCCAGGCCUUUAAUACAUAAUUUCAGUUUCAUUUGAUUUUUUGUUUUUUACUCCUCCCCUUCCUCGCCUUAUUCACAAAUAUACCUACACGUUUGCAAACUUGGAUAUUUUUACUUUAGGAACCCCGCAAUAUUCCCUCAUACUACAUAUUUCAUAUGUAGGUAAGUGAAAGUAAAAAAGUAUCAUUAAGAUUAUUUAAUUAAUUAAUGACUAAUAUUUUCUCAAAAAUCAUAUUAGUAACUAGGAAAAAGAAACAAUCAAAUUACUUAAACAUGAAAAAUAAUAAAAUCGAUGUAUGUGUAUAUAUAUAUAUAUACUGAAACCUAUAAAAACAAUGUUUAAAUUUUUAAUAUAAACAAAAAAAGAAAAUGUGGUUAUUUUCUUAAUAAAGAAAAAAAUAUCGGAUAAAAAGAUUGAUAUAUUUUACAAAUUUGUCAAUAUUUUGAUGUUUUUCCAACAUCCCUUCAAGUGACCCAACUCUAAGUGCUAAAUAAAUAUAUAGUCAUUCCUAAUUUAAUUUUCACAUUGCUGUGGUCAUGUGUUAUAAUAGACCGAGAAAAACCUAUACUAGCCUUUUAACAUCAUAUUAAUUUAUCACGAAAAAUUAUGAAAUGAUGGGAAUUAAUUUUUAGUUGCAGCUUCAUUUUUUAUUAAAUCAAAAAAGAACAAAAAAAAUUAAACAACCAUGUGCUGUACAAUUUGGAAUUAUUUGUUGUUUAAUUACUAAGUGCGUUUUUAAAACUUCUCAUAUUUCAUGUUAUAUAUUGUUAUUAUUAUAGUAGCUUAUUAUAAUUUUAUUAAUGUACAAAUAAUCGAAUUAUUUGUAGGACAUUUUCAAGUUAAAGUAUUGCACCACUAACUUUUAUGACAUUGAUGCUCUUCUUUUUCCUUUUUGUCAGCUAAAUUAGUUCUUAUUUGUUGAAGUUUAAAGUUUACAAAACCUUGAAAUAUAUAUUUAUAUAUAUAUAAAUUGAAAUGUAAUAAAUUAAUUUUAAUAAAAAGGGUUUAAAUUAUUCCUUGUUAAAGUAAAGUAGCUUUAUGAUGUUUAUGGUAGAUCAAAAUAUUUAAAUACUUCAGAGAUGGGUAAGUAGUUGGCUGUUGAAAUUAUAAGGAUGAAAAAAAAUUGUCGGGAUUUGCAGUCAAAAAAUUCUUUAAUGUGGUAGCCGAUGUUUUUAUGCAAACAUGUGGGUCAUCAUCAGGGCUAAGCAUUAAAAAAUAUAAAAUAACAUCUGAAAUACAAUAAAUAUAAAAUUAUAAGAAUAAAGAAUAACAGUAAUAAGAUAAUUUUGUGGUUUUCAAACCAAUGGUAAUUGAUAAGAAACUAUUUAUAUUUACUAAACUCUAUUUCUAUAUGUUUUUUUUUGUCAUGUUUGUUCAUUUUUAUUAUUUAUAUACAAACUUUUUUUGUACUUCAUAUUUAUUGAAUUGUUUUAUUUACUCUAAUUAUUUUGUUUAUUAAUCUUUUACAUUUUACAUAUUUAUCUUUUUCUUUUAUUUAUAACACAAAAACCUUUUCUUAUCAUAUUUCAAUGUUUUUAUUAUUUUUAUGUCUAUACAACCGUUAUUUCAUUUAUAUGUUUCACUUUUUUCUUUUCUUAUACUUGUAUAUUUAUUAUUUUUCUUAUGUUAUUUAUUUACUCUUAAUCUCAUUAUUAUCUUAUUACUGUUAUUCUUUACUCUUGUUCUUUUAUAUUUAUUCUUUUUCUAAAUAUAAUAAUAUAGCCCCGAUGAUAACCCACAUGUUUGCGUCGAAACGUCAGCUAACUAAAGAAACUUUUUUACUGCAAAUCCUGACAAUUUUUUUCAUCCUUAAAUUAGAUUUUUAAAAAACACAUUUAUUACAAUUAUAAAUCUUUCAAAGCAAUUAUUAAAUUAUUUCUAUUUUAUUUUAAAACAUAAUAAAUAGAAUUACAUGUUUUGUAAUAGUAAUUACUAUAUGUUUAAUGUGCCUUGAAAAGACGACCAACAUUCUUGAAUUAAGUAAAAAAAGAUGAAAUUUUUUAUUAUUUAUAUAUAUGCAGUUAAAAGUUGUAUGUAUUUAUUUAUAUUUGUGAUAAUUCAGCAUCACUUUUUUUCUGAUAAAAAAAUUCUCUAGGUUUAUUUUAUGAAUUUUAAAUGCCUUAUUUAUAUAUAUAAACUUAUUUGUUACUCUAUGUUUACCUUUUCUUUAAUUCUGAUUUUUAUGUUUGAUUUGAUUUUUCAGCAAUUUAAUUCUGUUUAGUAAUAUUAAAUCUUCAUUAAGAUAUAUUCCUUGUCUAUAAUUAUUACUACAGUACUAGUCUAUUUGAUAUUUAAUUGUGGCUGUUAAUAUAUCUUAAAAUCAUUCUUUAAAUUAUUAUUUCCAUCUUAAAUGUCAGUAUUAUUAUAUAUCCAUAUUUUUUAUUAUUUUUUUUAUAAAAUAUUGUCAUCUCAAACCAUUAGUAUUUAUAAUCAAAUUAUAAUAUAUUUAAAAGUUUGGAACUCAGUUAUAGAUACCUUAUAAAAUUAAUUUACUUUGUAGUUCAUGAUGGACAUAAUUUAAAUAACCUCACCUUAUAAAAUUAAAUUACUUUCUAGUUCAUGAUGGACAAAAUUUAAAUAACCUGAAUCUUUGUAUUGUGUUUUUUUUUUUUUUUGUGAUAGUGAAGCUUAUUAACUUAUAAAACGAUAAACCAGUAUAUUGUUUCUGUUGUAACUCAUGGAUGAUUCUCAGAUCUAUCCAUCCUUAAGAGAGGGAUAACAACAUUUUAGUGUCGUACUUGAAAUGUAUAUAUACAUCAAUUCCAGUAAUGCAAUAUGUUCUAUGCCUGAUGUUAUAAAUUUUUCUAGUUCUUUGUUUCGCUUUAAGAACCUCUUUAGAAUAAAAGGAGCAGUAGCUGUCAGUGUACCAAAAUGCGAAUAUUGAGAUUUCAGGAUCUCCUAGACCUCUUAUUUCAUAAAUUUUUCUCCUUGUAUUAUUUGUUAGCUUUGCUUUUAUCUUGCCAGUGAAAUGAAAAAUAUAAAAUUUCAAUGCUUUAUUUUGCUUAAUUACACCCUUUUUCUCAUCCCUCUCAGCUACAGGUACAAAAAAAUUCUCUAAAUUCACAAUUAUUUUAAAUAUAAGUGGAUAUUUCAUGGAUUUUAAGUGUGCCUUGGCAAGUUGAGAAAUAGUUCUGUAAGAUAAAUUCAAGUAAAAUGCAAUAAUAUCAAUAUUUUAAGUUUUACACCUAAAAAUUCAAAGAAAUUUCCUUAACCAUGUCAGCUACUGGUGCAUUUACAGUAAGCAGAAACAAAUUAUUCUAUAUUAUAAUUUUUUAAUAUCUGUUCUAAUGAAUGAAUAUCAAAGAUAAAUUAAUUUUACGUUUCAUUUUUAAUUUUUAUAUAGUUUUAAGUUUAUUAAGAUUAUUUAGUAAUUCAACACUUAUUAUUUUGAAUUAAUUUAUAUUUAGUUGAAGAUGCUAUUGAAUCCUCUAUCCUUAGAAUGAUUUAAAAUGCAUUAUUUAUUUGUACCUUCAAUGUUUUUAUUUAUUAUUAAAUUUAAUUAUUUUGCUAUUUAAAUUAAUGAGGAUACUCAACUGUUCAUCUUAUUUCUUGUUGACUUGGUUCAAUUUAUCAUUUUUUUAUAAUGUUGUAAAUAAUGUUAUGUUAGUAUAAUGUUAAUAUAUGUAACGUUAAUUAGUGAUUAUUUUAUAUUAAUAUGUAUUUAAUGACCUAAAUGUUUUCUAUGAACCUACGUUACCUGUGUUAUUUUCAUUCCAUCCCAAUUUGAUUAUGUAUAUAUGUAUAUAUAUUGUUAUGUAUAGUAAUACCUUUUAAAUGAUUAUUUAUUAAGAUUAAAGGUGAUUAUUUUCCUUCUGAAUUGUUUUAAUGUUAAUUUUCAUAUAAAAUUGUAUCAUGCGAACUAAUUUGUAAUUGUGGGUAAACAUUAAAUAAAUUAAAAUUAUUAGUAAAUAAUUUUCAGCAUUGGUAAUUUAAAAAUAAAAUAGACCCACAGCUAAGAAUGGCUUUUGGGCAGAAACUA